AAAACAACCAAAUUAGUUACCAUCGCCGCCAUCUUGAGCUAUACGUUCUUCCUUAGAGAUUCUAGUGUUAAAAUCCGUACCAUCUUGAGUGCAUCGUCCUUGUAAAACAUUUCUCGGGUCCUGUGUCAAGUCUUAAAUUAUCAAUCUGCCCUAGGCUCGGCUUUUUUUGUAAUUUUAUCGAGAAGGAGCAAGUUAAAACGCAAUGGCUUGUGCUACCCUCAAGAGGUCUUACGAGUUUGACCCUCUUCUUACGCCUCAACAUCAACCCUCACCGAAAAGAAGAAGAUGCAUUCCGCUUAAACCAUCAACCCCUCCUCCGUCAGUCUCAGCGGAAUCCCAUUUUCGUGGCGCUGCUCCAAGAUUAUCACAAGAUCAAGUUUCAGCGAGCAUUAAUCAGGAAUGGAGAAGACUCCAGAGGCGAAAGCAUCUCAGAGUGCCAUGUCCAAGUUCCCCUGAAAUGAGUUCUUUCUCUUCAUAUUCACCUGGAUCUUCUCCCCCACGGAAAGAACAACCUCUUUUCACUCUUAAACAAGUAACGCUCAUCUGUGAAAGAAUGCUAAAAGAAAGAGAAGCACAAGUUACAGAGGAAUACGAUAAAGUUUUGAGAGAAAAACUGGCAGAACAAUAUGAUGCAUUUGUCAAGUUUAAUUAUGAUCAGGUGCAGAGAAGAUUUCAAGAGACUGCACCAACAUAUGUUUCGUAAACAAUUGUUCCUGAGCUGGCUCAGCAGAACACUCAUUGUCCACUUCCAUCUAGUUGCUAUUUCAAAAGCAAGAGCAAGAUUUUAAGGAAAUGCUGUAUAGACAAUCAUAAGCAAUAGUUAAUGACAAUUACAAGGACUAUUUUUAAGUGAUCACCAUAGAAGACUAAUUGUUUCUUACCAUGCCUCUUCUUGUCAUUGUAUUACUAGUCUUAAAAAAAAUUGGUUCAUGUUAUCCUUUGAUCAGAGAUCAUAUCCUCAUCCUUUCUGAUGUGAAGCAAAGUACUUGUCACUAAAGAAACUAUGGAACCAGCUUCACUUCAACUUUUGUUAUUUCAUUUCUUGUGAUUCUUAACUUUUUGGUGUUCACUGUUAACUAGUGUAAAUAUGUUUGUAAAUAAGAUUGGCUGAUUAAUUCAAGUUGUAAAUCUGUUUUGUUUCUCAAUCUAGAAUUUUUGUGUCAUUAUCUCUGUCUGAAUAUCUGUUGACAUUAAAUAGGAAAUAGUUGUUAGGAAGCAACAGGGAAAUAAAAUUUGUUCUGUAA